AAAACGCAAAGAAAGAUUAUUAAGUUUAGAAGUUAAGAAAUCUAGCACAAAAAUAGCUGCUAAUACGUAAUAAAAACAUGACGAAAACGAUGCUGAUCUGGUUAUUGAUUACCUGAGUGAAGAUCAAUCCAUCACCCCGAAAUGCACGGAUGCUUCUGCUUGCUCCCAUGAGAUAGAGAACUGUUGCGAUCCGAAGACUACAACAACAGGUGCAGUAAACGUUAGUGGGACAGCGAGAACAAAAGGUAGCAACAGUGACGCGACUACAAAUAAUAAUCACAACAGCAACAUGGUGCCAAUCAUUAGCGUAACUCCUCACAGCCCUGGGGCCAAGUUUAACUUUCUCGAGGACACACUCAAUCAGCUACAAUGUCUGCGAGAAAGUGUGGCCCAUAUGAAAAAUUCUACCCUACAAAACACAGCCCUCGGAGGCAUUGGUUCAACGAUGUCCUCGACGAAGCUAUUUUCCUCGUGUCCUUCGCUACCCGAUCUGACGAUCGCAAAUCCUAUCAAUGUAUGGCCGCACCAUCAUGUGCUGUACGGGUUGAACAAUGAUCGAAGAAAGUCAUGGACCGCGAUUGAGGAUUUAACCGAAUGCACAAAAUCAUCACACAAAAGCGUUAGUUUGUCCAGUUUGGACAGCGAGGAGCAGGAAUCGUUACGUGCCGCGGAACGGCUCCACAAUCGAACGAGUCGUAACAGUACGGGUGGAAUUUCAACACAUUCUUUAAACGAGGCUGAAUUGGCGCGAGACUUUGAGAAAGUGGUGGCGAAACGUAAUCUGGUGCCGGUGGUUCCACGCAUUCCUUUACAAAAGAGCAUAUCCACACCAUCGAUAGCGCCGGUGCGAAAUCAGAGCGUGAAGGAAGAUACCCUUGCCUCCUCGAGGCAUCUUUCUGACAGUGAAGAUGAAACUCAUGAUCGAUCAUUACUUUGUGUGAGAGAUAAAAACGAGGAAUAUCCCGAGCAUCACGAAAAACGGCGAAAGCGUGGUUCUUUAUUUUUCCGCAAGAAGAAAGAUAAAUCUAAAACUAAAGGACAAUCCUCUGUUUGUGAUGCGUGUGGAGCUGUAAUAAAUCUGGCCACAUACAAAGAACACGCAGUAGAAUGUAAAGCCAAGAUAGCAAAGAAAUACUUUCAGGCUCAACCAAAACCUAGCUCGAACAAGAAGAGCUCCGCGAACAGCCACAAUUCCUCGCAACACGAUGAUCAGGGUAGAGACUAUUAUGAUGGCAACGUGCAUAAUGAUAACGCUAAUUACUCAGACGACGUGCCGUUGAUAAGGGAUGAAUUCCUGCACGAAGCACCGAUCGGUCCACAUGAUCUGGGCGCUGAACCGAUCCUGGGCGUUGCGAUCGAUGAGCACGAUUCAUGGAGCCCCAGUGUCCCCAAAGAGGUUGUCAAAGGAUUGAAAGACAAACAGGUGAAGCGUCAGGAACACAUUUAUGAAUUUAUCAUGACGGAGAAACACCAUGUUCAAACCUUACUAGUCAUGCAGAAGGUAUUUGUAGAAAGUCUUCAGAAACACUUCAGCCAUCUUAACCUAGAACGGAUGUUUCCGAGGCUCGUUGAGCUAACUGAGCUGCAUACCGGUUUUCUGCGCAAGCUAAGAAUAAAGCAACGCGAACAUCACGUAGUUGAUAGCAUUGCCGACAUCCUGCUUGACUUUUUCUCCUCCAUGUCAGCACAGAAGCUUAAGAGUGCGUACGGAGAAUUCUGCUCCAACCAUCGGUCUGCACUGGAUACCUUCAAGUGCUAUAUGACCGGUGAUAAUGUGUUUGCCGAAUGGUACAAGCAUUGUCAGCAGAAUCCACUACUAAAGAAGAAAGGCAUACCGGAAUGUAUUUUGUUCGUAACUCAACGUUUAACGAAAUAUCCAUUGCUGAUCGAUCCGUUGCUGAAAAGCUCACGCGAAGAUAAGAUUGAGCAAGAAAAGCUUCAGAAAGCAAUGUCGCUAGUGAAGGAGAUACUGGUGGACGUGGAUGCACGGGUCGCUGAUAAGGAGAAAGAGGAUCGUCAAUUAGAGAUUUUUAAACGCAUAGAUGCCAAGUCCUGUGCUAUCUUUAAAAAGGACAAAUUCAAGAAAUCGGAUAUAAUAUCAUGCAAUCGAAAAUUGAGAUUCGAAGGAGUAGCCACCUUAAUGCAAGGUCGAUCCAAAAUGCAAACUGUUCUGGUGGUUGUCUUGUCAGAUUGUUUGUUCUUUCUCUUGGAAAAUUCUCAUAAAUAUUCUUUCUUCACUCCUGAGAACAAGGCGGGUGUCGUUUCUUUGCAAAAGCUCUUGAUUCGUGAGAAGGCUGGUACAGAAUCCAGAGGCAUUUACAUCAUAUCCUCUAAUCCGGCUUAUCCGGAAAUGUACGAGCUGAAGGUACAAAAUCCAAAAGAUAAAAAUGUGUGGAUUCAAUCAAUACGUGCUGCUGUCAUUGACUGUCCCUCGGAUGAGUCGGAAACAGAAGAUUACAUGAGUCUGGAGCAACGGCAAAAAAUAAUAGAUCUGAAACAGGCCAACAUUCGGGAGAUUAUUUCACUCGGAACAACCGAACUGGAAGGUAAAAUGCGUCAGAAGGACUUUGAACAGGCGAUACUGCUGGAAGAGAAGAUAGCACUACAGUUGAGCUUGUUGCUGGAUAACGAGCAAAAUGCUGAGCAGCUGGGUCCCGCCGUUGAGUCCUUUAUCUCAAAUUACGGAUCGUAUAGAGAUCUUAUCUCCGAUGACUGUGAUACUAUAGAAAUAUGGAAACGGGUGUUAAACUCUAUACAAGAAAUUAGUUCUCUGGCUUCUUCGCUCUACACGGCUGCAACGGGCUUACCACUGUCCAGGUCGAGCAGCUCGGUCGGUGAGCGUCAGAGUGAGCUGUUCAUCUCGCCCACGCUACCCAAACGUGCGGAAACAUUCGGAGGAUUUGACGAGCGUCGAUCAAAACAGCUCAUGUCAUCGGGUGGGGGCAUUGCCGGCAGCAACAGUUCGACGCUGCACACUGCCAACUCGCGAGAUGCGGUUCUGUCAACCUUAUCGGCUGGCUACUUUACUAACCGUGAAACGUACGAAAAACGAGAACAGCAACAGGCUCAUCCUUCGUCUAGUGCGCUGGACGUUGAGUCGCUUUUGAUGCUCGCUAGCCCGCACGUUACUACUUCGUACGGGCAGCAGAAGAUUUUGGCCGGCGGUGGUGGGGAGGGAGUUCCUUCUGACUUGGCCAAAGAUCAAAAUUAUGCUGCGCUACACGUGUCACAUCACCUGCACACCCUGCUUUGCAUCAUCUCACAGCAAAUGACAACCAUUCAGAGCUUGCAGCAUCAGCUAAACACCUAUCGUGAAAACCCAAAGACUCAGUACCGGCAUAACGACCAGCUGGAAGAGCUGCGCAACUUGCAGGAUAAGCUGCAGGAAGAGAAAACGAUGUGGCAGAAGCAAAAGGAACAGGAAGAGCGUGAACUGGAGGAAACUAAACAUUCGCAGAAAGCGUUGCAAGAACAGAUACGGGCGGAGCAGGAGGAUAUCAAACAGCAACGGGAACAGCUGUAUCGCAAGAUGGAAAUAUUGUCCAGCCAAGGAUUGUUACUGUCACCAAGUGUUGCGCUUCCGAUACCGACCGGAGUAGCAUCGUCCCUAGAGGAAGCACAAACUGUUAACGAAGAGCACCACGUGGAUAGUGCGUUCGGAGGAAGCUUUUUGGCCAAUUCUAUGGCUGGAUCUUCGGUUACAAUCGACCGAAAGAAAGACAAAUGGCGAACAGCGAGCAUAACUAAAACACCUCCAGCAAAUUUAGUUAGUGCCACUAACGCUGCAAAGAUCAAUGCUACCAGCAUAAAACAGCAGCUACCGCUAAAACUAUCAUCGUUGUCGAGCACAAAACCGUGUUCUGCUGCUGGUAAUAUGGUAAUGUCACCAAACAGUAGUAAUGCGGCAAUGGGUUCGCAUACAGCUGGUGGUGGUGCUAGUGUGACUCAGAUGUUUCCCUUGAAACUUGCGGACAGAAAGAUCUCCCAGACUGGUACGCCCAAUCAUUCAAGGACUGGUAGCAGCCCUGCCGUAAUACAGCAGCAAAUUCAAGUACAAUCAGGCAAUCCUGCUACCAGAACAAAUACCUACCCAAAAAUACCGGAACGCUUUCGGCUAAGAAGCUCGGACAACUAUCCCGCUCCAUCAAGCACGACCGGUCCAACAACACCACAAGCGUAUCAGUAUUCAUCACCAUCACCGUCACAUCCUAUGGCAGGAUUAUCUUCAACUACUCCUCCACUUGUGCCCGCUAGAAAUACGGUGAUGGGCCAACAAGACUCGAGUGGGCAGCACCACCACCGUACUUCCUCUCCAAUUUCAUCCACUAGGCACUCAAGUCUGCAAUCACCGCUCAAACAAUCGGACAAUCCUUCGCAAAUGGGAGUCGGCAAGGGACAGGACAGCAGCAACAGCAAGGCCAAGGAGGAAGAGGUUAUGUACUUCUGAUAUACGCCAGUCGAAGUGGAGAUUUAAACAACAUCGUAACCAUCGUUCUCUGCGCGGAGUACUUAUAGAAAUAGAACGUAAGUAAUUGCCUUUUUCUAUCAU